AUAGAGGAUUAUUCUCGGGGCGUCCGGAACAAACGCAUUAAGAAUUAACCCCCACUGUCGCCAUGUUAUUAAAAAAACACUAUUAACUAUUUAAUUUGUUGAUUUAGUUUCUGGUGGCGGACUGAGGACCGAGGGCACGUCGGUCCCCUGUGAGAGGCGCACGGACUGGGAUGUACCGUUAGCUCGCUGUUAGCUUCCUCGCUAGCCUCCUCGCUAGCCUCCCCCCGGACGGCUCCGCUGCAGAGACCGGACCCAGAUCACCGCCAGACACCGACCAGUGCAUUAUGACAGAAAGCAUUAUGAGUAAAGCUGCCACAAUGGAGAUUCCUAUCAACAGCAACGGGGACACGGGGACACUCACAGAAGACGACAGCCUGGAACAGGCUGCAAAUCUGCAGUGGAGCUUAGAUGAGAAAGUAGGGAGCUCCAGAGGCACCAGGGACCUGCAGCAGGUGAUGGUGUCGGGUCCCAACCUGAAUGAGACCAGCAUCGUGUCGGGGGGGUAUGGAGGAACAGCCGAGGGGAUCAUCCCCACCAGCUCAAUCAAAGGGCCGGCUGUGCACUACAAUGCAGAGUUUAACAAAAGGAUCCCAGUUACAGGAUUAGGUCCCAACAUGCACCACAGCAGCAGCAGCUCGUCGAUGACGGCGGACGAGAUGAGCCGCGGUGUGGCUGUGGAGAAACUAGAAACAGUGAAGAAGUGGGGUUACAACACAUACAAGUGCACGAAGCAGAUGAUCUCGGAGCGGUUCGGUCGGGGGUCCCGGACUGUGGACCUGGAGCUCGAGGCCCAGAUCGAGGUGCUGAGAGACACUAAAAAGAAAUAUGAGAACAUGCUGCGAUUGGCCCGAGCGCUGACCAACCACUUCUACAACAUGGUGCAGACGCAGCACGCGCUGGGCGACACGUUCGCUGACCUCAGCCAGAAAUCUCCAGAGCUACGAGAUGAGUUUGGCUACAACGCAGAGACUCAGAAGUUGCUGUGUAAGAAUGGGGAGACUCUACUCGGUGCCGUUAACUUCUUCGUGUCGAGCAUCAACACACUAGUCAACAAGACCAUGGACGACACCCUGAUGACUAUCAAGAUGUAUGAAAAUGCCAGACUGGAGUUUGAUGCCUACCGGUCGGACCUGGAGGAGCUGAGUCUUGGUCCCAGAGACGCUGUAGCCAUGGCUCGUAUAGAUGCGGCUCAGCAGCAGUACCACGUGCAUAAGGAGAAGUAUGAACGCCUCCGCUCAGACGUCAUCAUUAAACUCAAGUUCCUGGAGGAGAAUAAGGUGAAAGUGAUGCAUAAGCAGCUCCUGCUCUUUCAUAACGCCAUCUCGGCGUACUUCGCUGGCAACCAGCAGCAGCUGGAGCAAACGCUGAAGCAGUUCAACAUCAAGCUGAGACCCCCAGGGGCCGAGCAGCCGUCCUGGCUGGAGGAGCAGUGAGAGGCGCCUGCUGGGCCUCACUCAGCCUCCGAUCGACCACCUCCACCUGUUAACCUGUUGAAACCCCCCAACUUACAGAGGACCACUACAGAGAGAGACAUGCAGACAACUGGGUGGAUGAAGAGUGAAGAGGAGCGUGUGCCUGGAUGACUGGACUGAUGAAUUACAGGGUAUUAUUGGUGAAUGGUCUUAAAACAGCAGGAGAUAGCGCGGCCAGUCUCAUAAACAGUCAGGGGGGGGGGGGCUUCUAGUGCCUCUCGUCCCGACUUCCUUGUCUCACUUUAACCUUCUCCUUGUGCUUCUGUUCCCAGAGAAACUGUUCAUCUCCUCCUCCCUCUCUUACCCACUUCCCUCGACCCCCUCCUAUCAACACUACUUUGCCGUGUACGCUUGUGUUAGUCAUUGUUAUGGCUAUUGUUGUUCUCCUCAAGUGCUGAGUUCAAAUUCAACCCCACGUCACGCAGCGCAGAACCAGAGACGGACGAGUCGAGGAGAAACGGCUCAAAUCAUCCGACACAACGCGAAGGCAUCAAAACUCUUCCAACCCCCCCCUCCUCCUUGUGUGCCUCCUUGUAUAUGAGAAACAAAUCAAUGUACACGUGAAGGGGAUUUGUGUGUCACACUGGAAAGGAAAUGUGCAGAUAUUCUAACCAAGUACUGUUUCACUUUUGGAAAUAUUAUCAUAUGAUCAUUUGUAGCCUAAAAAAGGAAAAACGGUUUAGUUUAGUAUUUGUUAAAUUUGACUUUCAUCUCUUUUAUUUUCUAAUCAUUUCAGUUUAUUAUCGGUCGGCGUGCAGGACUGGAUGGCGUUAGAGCAGCGUGUGCUGGUGUGUAGACUGCGAGUGCUGCAGUGUUUAGUCUGUAAUUAUCAGAAAUAUUACACAUUUUAACCUGAAAAUAAUUCAACUCACACAGUAUCUUUGAUAAUUGUAUUUAAUUUGACAUGAGAGACGUGUUGUCGUGACUGAUGGAGACCUGUAGAGAUGGGCGUACGUUUCUGUUUAGGUUUAAUGGCGUCACUUCAUUAUUGAAUUGUUUAAAAGGAGGACUGUACAUUUUCUUUGGUUUUACAUAGAUUAUCUUUUGUGUUUUUUAAGUUUAUCUUUUGAGUUUACGAGAUCUUACAUUAAUAUCCAGGCCAGAGCCUGACGAUGUAGAUUUUUUAGGAAGUAAAACAUUUCCAGUAGUAAUAUAUUGAUUGGGUCUAUAUAAAUAUAUAUAUAUGUUUACACAACUUAGCAGUGAUUCCUAAGAUGUUGAUAUCAAACUCAAUUAAAGCCCAUUUUCCACUGGUACACUCACUAUGAAUAUGGAUUUAAUCGGCAUUUACUCCCGGCUCAAAUGACUCUGCAGUCGACUCAGGUUUUAAUCGGCUCUGAUCGGCAGUGAUGGAAAUGUGACACCAGGGUGAACUGACAUUAGAACAUGACGCACUGAGGAAAAGAAACAGACAAACUCCUCUUUUGGCAAUUAAAGGGGUUUACCAGCAUUUAAAACACCUGUGUAUACCUGAUAAUUGUGUUAAAGUUGUUAUAUGAAUAAAUAUAAUUGAGGCUUGAUAUUUUACAGCUUAACCAUACACUAUAUUACAAUUACAACCAAAUAUGUUGAACCUAAACUUGAAAAUUAACCUUUUUUUUUUUUGCGUAAAAUAUAAUCAGAAAUGUGCGUUGUUCUUUUCAUUAUCACUUAUUCGGAAAAAUAAGUUUUAAUAUCAGCAAACAAAGAAAUGCUCAUAUUAGCAGAUUUUUUUUUAUAGCCCAUCAUGUUGAGCUCUAAUCUAGAAUCAUAUCCUUCAGAAUAUAUAUCUGUUUGUUUACCUUUUCUUCACACUGAAGAUUUCUGUAGCUUCACGAUCACUAACGCUAAUAUUUCAAAAGAAACUCGAACUAGAUGAUGAUUUUCACACUAACGAUUCUUCAUUCGUUUUAUCUCCUGUGACUAAAACAUUGCUGUAGUAAGAUAAUAGCAAACAAUCAUGAAUUGUUGACAGUUAAGAGAAGGAAUCGCUGCGUAAUACAGAAUGUUUUAUGUCACUGUAUUUAUUAUGUUCAUAUGUGUUAAUCUGUCGGAACUUCCUAUUUGUGCAAAUUACUUUUAAUGUUUAUGAGUAAAUGAAGUUCACGGCAACACACAGAAUAUCCAAAUCUGGAAUUAAUCUACACCGAAAGAGAAAAGAAAUUCUGAGCUGAUGGAAUUGAAUUUCCUCAACGAAGACAAGUGACGAUUAUUCAGUGCAAUGAAUGUUGUACCAUUCUGUGUUUGGCUCCAGUCCUCCAGCUCCUUGUCUCCUUGGUAUUUGCAUGGCAGACAGAUCCAGUGUUGGUGCAGGAAAGUGAUGGAGGGAAAUGCAUUUAAUUUCAUCAAGAAUGGAUCCUACGAUGUAUUUCUCUGCUUGUGUUUUCUGAAUUAUUUCGUCAACUGGGUGUAUUUUAUUGUGGCUUAAAAAAACUUUUUGGGCUAAAGUUGCAGUUUCCCAGCUCCUGGUCUGUUUGACCGUCACUCAGCAAUAUUAACAAAAUGUGACUCUUCGUUUGUUUCCCAGACCCGCCCCCUUUGAAAUUCCUCAAAAUGAAGAUUUAUGAAAUGAGAUAUUUUAUUUGUGUACAAUCAAUAUUUUUUUUAGGUUGAGCUGGUGUGUUGUACAUGAUCGCACAUACUGGUAUUUAAGCUGAUAAAUGAAGUUGUGUCAUGGAUUGAUGUAGUACUCUGCCUUCAUUCCUCACUCCGACCUGAACAGUCCCAACUCACCCCAAGGGAACAAAAAUAAAAAAUACACGUUUUCAAAUGA